CUCCGGCGCCGUGCGCGGCGGCGGCGGAGCAGGAGCAACUCCCGCUCCUCCCGGCGCGUCCCUCCUCCUGCCUGGCGCCGUGUGCCGGCGGCGGGUGCACGGUGACCUUACGGAGCGUGCAUUACCUCACAGGAUCUGAUCUGGGCACUCUGAGGCAGACGAAGCAGGAAACAGAGCAAGAGAUCGGAGGAGCAUCAUUUCUACGGAAUGAUUGAAGAUUGUGGGAAAAGAGGAAAUACCAUGGCAGAAAGAAGGCAGCUGUUUGCAGAAAUGCGGGCUCAGGAUCUGGAUCGCAUCCGUUUGUCCACCUACCGAACAGCGUGCAAGCUUAGAUUUGUUCAGAAGAAAUGCAACUUGCACCUGGUGGACAUCUGGAAUGUGAUAGAAGCCUUGCGGGAGAACGCCCUGAACAACCUGGACCCCAGCAUCGAACUGAACGUGGCUCGCCUGGAAGCUGUGAUUUCAACCAUCUUCUACCAGCUCAACAAAAGGAUGCCAACCACCCAUCAGAUCAACGUGGAGCAGUCCAUCAGCCUGCUGCUCAACUUCCUGCUAGCGGCCUUUGAUCCGGAAGGACAUGGUAAAAUUUCCGUUUUUGCUGUCAAAAUGGCCUUGGCAACUCUUUGUGGAGGAAAAAUCAUGGACAAAUUAAGAUAUAUUUUCUCCAUGAUUUCUGACUCCAGCGGGGUGAUGGUUUAUGGCAGGUACGACAUGUUUCUGCGCGAGGUUCUCAAGCUGCCCACUGCUGUCUUCGAGGGGCCUUCAUUUGGUUACACCGAGCAGUCGGCAAAAUCCUGUUUCUCACAACAGAAGAAAGUCACAUUAAACACUUUCUUGGAUACUCUCAUGUCUGAUCCCCCACCACAGUGUCUAGUGUGGUUACCACUUCUGCAUCGACUGGCAAAUGUUGAAAAUGUCUUCCACCCCGUUGAGUGUUCCUACUGCCACAGCGAGAGCAUGAUGGGGUUUCGCUACCGCUGCCAGCAGUGUCACAAUUACCAGCUCUGUCAGGACUGCUUCUGGAGGGGCCAUGCCAGCGGUUCCCACAGCAACCAGCACCAAAUGAAAGAGUACACGUCAUGGAAAUCACCUGCUAAGAAGCUAACUAAUGCACUUAGCAAGUCUUUAAGCUGUGCUUCCAGCCGUGAACCUUUGCACCCAAUGUUCCCUGACCAGCCUGAAAAACCUCUAAACCUGGCUCAUAUUGUAGAUACUUGGCCCCCCCGACCUGUAACCAGCAUGAAUGACACACUCUUCUCCCAUUCUGUUCCCUCAGGAAGUCCCUUUGCAAACAGAAGGUUACUUGGGGGUAUAAAUGCAGCCAGUCCUGUGGCUGAUGAGCAUUCUCUUAUAAAGCUGUAUGUAAAUCAGCUUCACAACAAUUCACGGUUACAGUACAGCCUCGAUGUUGCAGACAGGCUGGCUGAUGAACAUGUGCUCAUCGGGGUGUAUGUCAACAUGCUACAGAGCAACCCCGCACGCGUCCUUGACAGUGCGAGUCGCCUGGAUGAAGAGCACAAGCUGAUCGCCAGGUAUGCAGCAAGGCUGGCAGCAGAAACUUCUUCAUCACAGCCGAGUCAGCAGAGAGGGGCAUCAGAUAUCUCCUUCACCAUCGAUGCAAACAAACAACAAAGGCAGCUGAUUGCAGAGCUUGAGAAUAAAAAUCGAGAAAUCCUACAGGAGAUCCAGAGGCUGCGACUUGAACAUGAGCAAGCGUCCCAGCCCACACCAGAGAAGGCCCAACAGAAUCCCACUCUCCUUGCAGAGCUCCGGCUCCUGAGACAGCGGAAGGAUGAGCUGGAGCAGAGGAUGUCUGCUCUCCAGGAAAGCCGAAGGGAGCUCAUGGUGCAGUUAGAAGGCCUCAUGAAACUGCUGAAGACGCAGGGGGCAGGCUCCCCACGUUCCUCACCCAGCCACACCAUCAGCCGGCCGAUUCCCAUGCCCAUCAGGUCUGCCUCUGCCUGCUCCACCCCGACCCACGCACCUCAGGACUCUCUGACCGGGGUGGGAGGAGAUGUGCAGGAAGCCUUUGCACAAAGUGCAAGACGAAACUUAAGAAAUGAUUUGCUGGUGGCAGCAGAUUCAAUCACCAACACCAUGUCUUCUUUGGUAAAAGAACUAAAUUCUGAAGUGGGCAGCGAGACAGAGAGCAAUGUGGAUUCUGAGUUUGGGCGGACUCACUUUGAUGACCUGGUUCCCUCCCCGACGUCUGAGAAGGCUUUCCUGGCACAGAUCCAUGCCCGGAAGCCAGGAUACAUCCACAGCGCUGCUGCCACCGGCUCCAUCCGCAGUGACAUGGUUACAGAAGAUGGAGACCCUUAUGUCAGAGCAGAUGAUGAAAAUUAUGAGAAUGACUCUGUCCGCCAGCUGGAGAAUGAACUGAAAAUGGAGGAGUACCUGAAGCAGAAGCUGCAGGAUGAGGCGUACCAGGUCAGUUUGCAAAGUUGAGUGCAAUAUUCUUCUCUCUCCUCUCAAGGAAGCUGCAGUCAGACAGACAAUGAAAGCUAUGUAAGAACUGAUGAUGAGGAGAGCUGCUUUCGGACAGACGAUGAAGAAAACUCAGCUGCGAACUUCACAGAAGAGUGGAACCAAGAGGUGCAGCGUCUCUUGACAAAAAAAUCACAUAACUAAGUUCUGAGGACUGUAGCACAGUACUUUUGUUCUAAGAGUUGUAGUUUGUAGAUGUGUGUUUUUUGACAAGACUUUUGUUUAAAGCUAACUUAUAUUAGCUACAUCUUCUGUAACAUGGCUCAUUACCGGUGAAGCAAACAGACUGAUGCGCGUACUGCUGUCACACAUGGCGGCGCUGUUAAUAACUCACAUAAACCCUUUGCACAUGAUAUUGAACCUGUUCAGUUUACAAUGACAAUACUGUUUAUAGUUAGAAAUUUGAUUUCUGAAUACUUUGAGAUUUUAGUAGAUCGGUUUACUAUACACUGUACAUUUUUUUUCCCACGGGAGAAAUAAAAAGUGACGAUUAUGCAUUUAACACUGAAUGAUUAUACUCCUGAGUGUAUAUAUCUAGUAGCCCAAAAAAAAAAGCACCAGACUGUAUUUGCAAUUUGUUUGCAAGUCUUUAAAUUAAGGCUUAUACAAAAUGUACUAAAAUAAUAAUAAUAUAAUUAAUAAUAAUAAUAAACUUCUCUAAUUUAGGGCUAAUGUGUAACUUAGGAAUGUUUCUUUCAAAAUAAUCUAACAAAUCAGCCAUAGAAGUUAGUGUAAAUAUUUUUUUUCCAAAUAGAUAUCAUAUACAAAAGGUGACAUUCAAAUGAUAUAGAAUCUAGUUUUUAAAUCAGCACAGAUCUUCUUAAAACUGUGAACUAUGUUUUGAAAUACUCGUUGCUAAAGCUGUUUAUAAACCACAGGUGCCAUAAGAUCCCUGAACUGACUGAUGUUACGAAUAAUCCUCCAUGGUAUUGUUUCAUUGAUGUUUUAGCUUUAGUAAGCAUGUGUUCAACAAACCAGCUCUUUCCAUCUCUCUGCCCCUCCUCUUCCUCCCCGUCCCCUUCUAAAAUGUUAUUUUCGAGGCCUUCAGCUUUAAAUGUACAGGCUUAAAGUGCGCUUGCAACUGUUUUCUUUUGAUUUCCGAAUGUGUACUGCCUUAGCCAGCCACCAGAUGUUCUGCAUGCCCUCUUGGAAAUGUGUGGUGAGACUCUUUCAGAGCUGGAUGGAGAAACAGCGAUCAGUGAAAAGCACAAGAAGAGCAGUGGAUUUUUUCGAAAGGACAGGCAUACAGUUGCAGAAUUGGAGUUUUGUCCGGUUUAGUAUUUUUCCAGUAUCAAGGCAUUUCAGGAGAAAGGGAACUGACCUGGCCAUUAGGCAGAGUUAGGCAGUGAGGCUGCUGGCUAAAAAGCACUUGCUCUGCUGUGACUACAAACCUACAGAUACUCGUGAGCAGGCAUUGACACAAACUAGCAUCAAAGUGCUCCUCAGAGCACCCUGCUCCAAAACAAAGGUGACACCUCUGUGGCACGUGGCACCUCUGUGCAGACAAACCAGAGCCAGGCCAGGGACAGCUGGAGCAACAGCCAGGCAGGGACACCAGGAGGUGUUCCAUGCUGGCCACCAGGCCCUGCUGAGCUGUGCAGUGUUAGCUCGGGGCCACCUCUGUGCCAAGGUAACUUUGCUGCCCUAAUACAAUAUUGGGCUUCCAGUACCUGGCUGACCUGAAGUGACACUAAUGGCCCCAAAAACAGUGGUGUUUCAUACAGAUAUUCCACACCAGCACAGUUUGCCUACAGCAAGUGAAGAGAUACCCAUCUAAAGCGGGUUCACGUGGCUUGUCUGUCCUUGCUUUCAUGGUGACGUGGAUGUGUGCUGCUGUAUUUACGUGAGAUUGCUACGUAGCUCGACCCAGUAAGUCCACUUGUUUGCAUGCAUUCUCCAGGCUCGUGGCUGUUUCCCUGGGCACUAUGUGUUAGGGAAUGAGUAUCUGUAUGAAAGAGCUGCUGCCAUGUUUCACUUCUAUGUCAUUUUAUGGUGUAUGCAGAUCUCUUGUCUGUAUAUCCUUGCGUACCUGGGCUUGGUCUCAGACAUCCAAAUGCAUACUAAGGGAUCCAGAUAUCUUCAUGUAAGCUUUUUGUUUUUGCAAUCACUGGUCUUUGCUCCUGGAGUAUGUGCAGUCCUGGCAAGGCAAGCACCAUAUCCUCCACUGUCCCCUCCUCCAACCUCCUCUCAGGAAUGAGUUAGCCUCCACUAGUGCCUAGCACUCCAUGUUUUAAGCUACUCCAGUGAACCUGUAGACACUGCUGUCAGCUCAGGAUUCCAGGCAAGCAUUUCCUGAACAGGGAGAAAACAAGCUAGAACACAGCUAUGUGCAAUGGCUGAUUAGUUCAACCCAUGUCGUGUUUAACUGUACCCAAAGUAAUAGAUCCCUAUCAUCACCUUAACGUCUGUGUGCUCAUUAUCACCAUGCUUAAAAUAGAUGCAUUAUACUAAAUCCAUUGCAAGAGCUUGCAAACUAGGAGUAAGAACUGAAGUUGACUGAUCAAGCACCUUUCUUUUAGGCUGGUGUCAACAAGAUGAUCCCGUGGAGCUAGAGUUCUGGGUCCCUUAUGCCCUGGCUCUCUGAGAUGAAGCACCUCUUACUUAGCUCUGCAAAUGUCUAUUUUAAGCAUUUUUCCAACUGUUAAGCUGGCUGCAUUUUCACCCAGCUUGUCUUUGUCUGUUUGUUGGAUAUUAUUUUGGCUGUGAUUCGUGGUCAUUAAAACAAACACGGUUACAGAAGAGGUCCCUGGUAUGGCCCUUUUCUUAACUACCAAUGAUCCACCACAGCCAUCAAAGCUCCGGGUGGUUUUACUGUCACUGGAGGAAAACCAGUGGUUUGGAAUCAGGAGACAGGGAUGUGAAGAUGUAUAGGGUCCUUGAAUGUCCAAAGCGAUGGUGGAGAAUGGGUUGUCUGUAAGUAGUAAUGUUAACUAAACUGCAUAAAAAGGUGUGUGGCCUUUGUUGUGAUAUAAUAUGUAUUUUCUUAUAUGCAUGAGCCAAAUUGUUGCAUCAUAAUUUAUCAUAAGUGUGUCCGCCUUUACUUUCAGUCAUCAUCUUCUCCCAUCCUUAUUGGUUCUUGGCAAUUACUGUAGAUAGACCUUGUAAAUAUUGCAACCUCGGAUUGCUCUAAUCACAUUGGUUCAAUUCAGCAGACGGAGCUGUGAACAACAAGCACUCCACAGUGUCCUGAAGAAUAAAGGGCAUUUUUACCUUUGAACCAAAAAAAAAAGUAAAAAAAAAAAGUAAGAAGAGUUACAUCUUGAGGCUACUAACUGCAACGCAUUUUUAAAACUACUGUACUUGACACCACUUGAGACAGAUACAGAGACACUAAAGAUGUCACGAUAUUCAUUGGUAUUGUAACAGAACUGCUAUUGUAUGGGGUUUUUGUAUUGCUGUUAAGUAUUGUUUUGUGUGUGUGUGUUGGAACCUACUGGGGACAUGUUAUAUUUUGAAGUGAUUAAACUAUUUAAUUGUGUGUCUAUAUUUUGGAAUGGAAUUAUUUCUUCAUUAAAAAGAUUUUUAAAAGGAA